AUGCCGACCAUCCUCCGCGCCGCAGCAUGCCACGCAUCUCCCGUCUUUCUCAGCGCGCGCCAGUCAACAGACAAGGCGAUAUCGCUGAUCAAGCGGGCCGCCUCGUACAAGGCCAACUUGGUAGUCUUUCCCGAAACCUACAUCUCUGCAUUCCCCAUUUGGAGCUCGCUCCGCCCGCCGACUGAGAACCACCAUCUUUUCCAGCGCAUGGUGCAGGAGUCAGUCUAUGCCGACGGUGACGAGAUGGGAGCAAUCCGCGAAGCGGCGCGCGCAAGCGGUGUGUUGGUGAGCCUCGGCUUUAGCGAAAAAUCGCGCCAUAGUAACGGCUGCCUCUACAACUCGAAUCUCACCAUCGGGUCCGACGGCGGGGUGCUCGUGCAUCAUCGAAAGCUCGUUCCAACCUUCUUCGAAAAAUUGACAUGGAGUCCUGGAGACGGUUACGGGCUGAGGGUUGCUAGCACCCAGUUUGGGCGAAUCGGCACCCUCAUAUGUGGCGAGAACACUAAUGCACUUGCAAGAUACGCCAUGAUUGCACAAGCUGAACAGGUUCACAUUUCGACAUGGCCGGCAAUCUGGCCUACCCGGCCGUCACCGAAGAUCCCACCGAGAGCCAAGAGUGAUGAUCAGCCGACCACCCCAAGCAUCGUACAUGAGGCCAAUUACAAUAACGUCGCAGCCAACAGGACGCGCGUAGCAGCGCAUUGCUUCGAAGCAAAGUGCUUUGGUAUCGCCUGCUCUAGUCACUUGGGCCAAGACGCCAUUGAAACCAUCACUGACGGUGCGGGUCAGCCGGAUGUUGUAGCCAACACGUUGCGUACUGUCCCGCGCGCUGCAACCUUCUUCCUAGACCCUACUGGUGCCCCACUUCCCGCCUUCACCUACGAAGGCUCGGAGAAACACUACGUCGAAGCACUUCAGUCUGAGGAAGGUAUUUUGUACGCGGAUAUGAACCUAGACGACUGUAUAGAGGGGAAACAAUAUCAUGACGUUGUUGGGGGCUAUCAGAGACUAGACGUCUUUGAUCUCAAAGUCGACCGAUCCAGAAAAGACCCGGUAAGGUUUACAUAA